UAAUCAUCAAGUAUCUAUUUUAUUGUUUUUUGUAAUAAAAAGAAAAAGGAAAAAACAAAUUAAAAGCUUCCCUCAGUUCUCUGCGGCUUCUCCGACCUCCGCCACGCAGAAGCCGAGGAGAAGAGAAGCAGCAGCUCCGCCUCCGUCGCCUCCUUCCGACGACUCCUCUCCCCCAGCUGAUCGGUCUCCGCUUCGAGUUCAUAGAGACAGAGAUAUCCACCACAAAGACACAGCGGGAGAAAGAGAGGGUAAGCUCUGCAGAAAUUUCGGAUAAUGGAGUCAGUUCUGGUGGUCAACUCGCAGCCUCUAGCCCUUCUCCGUCUCCGUGCGGCCGCCAUCGCCUCAUCUCAGCUCCAGCUCCAGCUCCUCCCCCUAUCUUCUAGAAGCUUCCUCGCGCCCCUUUCCUUAUCAAGCCGGCGGACUCUGGGUCUCCGCCGCUCCUUUGCUCUCUCCGUCAGUGCCACUCUCACCGCCAAUUCGACUCCGGCGAGAAGUGGUGUUUAUACAGUAGGGGAUUUCAUGACAAGGAAAGAAGAAAUGCAUGUGGUGAAACCAACAACAUCUGUAGAUGAUGCUUUGGAGAUGCUGGUUGAGAACAGAAUCACUGGUUUCCCUGUAAUUGACGAUGACUGGAAGCUGGUUGGUCUUGUUUCUGAUUAUGAUUUGCUGGCAUUGGACUCUAUAUCAGGUGGUGGACUAGCUGAUAACAACAUGUUCCCUGAGGUUGACAGCACCUGGAAAACAUUCAACGAGGUACAGAAGUUGCUUAGUAAAACCAACGGGCAAGUUAUUGGUGAUCUAAUGACCCCUGCUCCUGUUGUUGUUCGUGAAACCACAAAUCUGGAGGAUGCCGCAAGAUUAUUGCUUGAGACAAAGUAUCGGAGGCUUCCAGUCGUAGAUGUUGAUGGCAAGCUGGUCGGCAUCAUCACAAGAGGGAACGUCGUGAGAGCUGCUCUUCAAAUAAAGCGUGAAACUGAACAGAAAGCUUAGUCUGACAAUUGUGGCCGAGCAGAAUUGAGGCGAGAUCGGUUUUUCCUGAACGUAGUUCCGCAGUUGUAUGAAAGGAGCUUUUGUGAGUAAGCAAAAGCAGCUUUUCGUAUGCUACAAUUUUGUGCUGAAUGAUACGUAACAGAUAUUGCCUUCAACUAUAUAAUAUCAUACAUGAGUACAACAUCCUCUCGGCCAAUG